AGAAUUAAUUUGUUUUUCUUCUUCUCCGCGGGCGAGCAAAAGAGUUUGUGUGCUACAAAAUCUCCUGGGUGGUGAUUUCUUGGGUGGUGAUUUUUUGAGAGGCGAGAGGAGGACGAGAGAGGAGAGAUGAGCGAUGGCGACGAUUUUUUGUCGCUUGGGGGAGGAUUCGGCAAGGGAAAACCAUCCGCGGCGCUGCUGGGCUUUGGGAAGAUUCCACUCUUUCCCGGGAUGAGCUCUCCUCGAUCCACAGGGGGGCAUGGCGGAAGAAGAAUUGGAGACGAGGGAAUGGAGGAGGAGGAUGAUCGCCGACGAGUGGUUUUAGGACGGCUAGACGAGGAGGUAGUCCUAGAUCGUGAUCGCGGCGAUGGUGGGAGUGGGAAUGGAUCGAGGGAGCUCGCGGAGGAGGAGGAUGACGACGAUGAGAUGAAGGAGUCGACCAACGAGAACGAUGGGGCGGCGGGCGCCUCGUCGUCGCCCAGCAGCAGCAGUGCGAAUCUCCUGGAGAUCGACAAUGGCGGCAGCGGUGGCGCCGCAGCCGGGAAGAGCGAUCUCAGUGGCGGCGGCGGCGCGCAAUCCAAGCAUUGCCCGCGUGGGCAUUGGCGGCCGGGCGAGGACGACAAGCUCAAGGAGCUCGUCGCGCUCCACGGCCCACAGAACUGGAACAUGAUCGCGGAGAAGCUCCAGGGGCGAUCAGGCAAGAGCUGCAGGCUGCGGUGGUUCAAUCAGCUCGACCCGCGGAUCAACCGUCAGCCGUUCACGGAGGAGGAGGAGGAGCGGCUGCUGGCGGCGCACAGAUUCCACGGCAACAAGUGGGCGAUGAUCGCGCGGCUCUUCCCGGGAAGAACCGACAAUGCAGUCAAGAACCACUGGCACGUCGUCAUGGCCAGGAAGUACCGCGAGCGGACGCGGACAUACGGUCGAUCGCCCAACGCCGCCUCCACCAGGAAGAACACCGUGACCACCGCCGUGAAAUCCGAUCAUCCCGCGCCACCAUCGCAGCAGCUCGAUCACCACAAUUUGCUGCUAAACAGGGGAUCCACGCCGGUGCUGCUGCCGUCCAAGCGGAGCCUGGUGGACGCGGAGGAUCGCCCAACAAGCAGCUCGGCAACAGCGGCGGCGGCGGCGGCGUGGAUGGAUAAUCUCCAUCAUCGCGCGAGCAAUUUGAUGGGAUUCAAUCCGGGGAGGGUCCCCUUCUUCCCGGGCAGGGAUCAAGCUCCAUGCACGACGACGACCAGCAGCAGCAGUGGCCCCAAUACGUUAAGACCAGGAACUUUGCUGGCCCCGUUUCUUGGAGGAGGAUCAGCUCCGAGCUUCGCGGAGGGGUUUUAUGGCCGCCACCACCACCAUGAGCAAAAUCAUCGAAGCCAGCAAAAUGGUGGCGGGCAAAGCAACUUACGCGACGCCUUGAGCGGCACCACGAGCAGUACCACGGAUUUCACGUCCACAGACAAUGCUACCGUGAAGAACAGCAGCAAUGCGAUUAGAAGCCGUGGCCAUGCAAACGAGCCGCCCAGCGGCAAUCUCGCCAGUGACCUCCAGCUCGAGCUGUGGAAGAAGACGCAGCAGCAAUUCCAGCACCAGGCUCAUCUCUACCGUCUCGAUCAACAGCAGCAGCAACUCAGCGCGUCCGACGGUGCGAUUUCGUGCAUCAGCGUGGAGCAGUCUUCCCAGGACGUCGGCGACGAAGAUCACAACAAGCCCGCCCAGGAUUUCAUAGAUUUCCUGGGUGUCGGCGCCUGAUCGUCGAUCAUCAAGACAAGAUCCAUCGCAGAAAAGAGAAAACAAUCGAGAGUUUCAAAGCGAAACUUUUGUCGCUUGCUUGUUUCGUUUUUUCCCUGUCUAUAAGAAAAAGAAACCCCGAUAGAAGUGUAAGCUUACUAAGAUCAAGUUCCACUUAUCCAAGGCUCUAGGAUCUUAUAAGUUCAUAGUCAAACUGAUCAAUCCAAAAGUUCCAACUUAUCCA